AUGCCGUCAGGAUAUGCAGGGGGAUUAGGGAAGCCCGGGACCCUCGGUGGUGGCAUAACGAUAGGGCCAGGGCAAGAUACAUUUGUGGGUGGGGUGGGACCGGGAGGGAGAAACACCGAAAAGGGCGUCGCGAACGUCUUGUUCAAUAUCAGCAAGAAGGAGACGAUGACGCCGAGUAAUGGGUUCAAGACGAUGCAGAGAAGAUUGCGCAAUGGAUUCAAGCUGGGACUCUUCAAGGAGGAGAUGAGCGCCGCAAAGCUUGCGGAUACGGAUCUUCUAGUUUUUGGAGGGCCGAAAGAAAAGUUCACUACUGCAGAGUUCGCAGCGCUGAAAGCAUAUAUGGACAAUGGAGGUUCGAUAUUGUACUUAACGGGAGAGGGAGGGGAGGCAGCCCUGGAAACGAAUUUCAACUACCUGCUGGAGGAGUACGGCAUGAUGGUCAAUCCAGAUUCUGUAACGCGAACGGUGUACUACAAAUAUUACCACCCAAAAGAGGUCUAUGUAGCGAACGGAGUGCUCAAUCGCGAGAUCAACCGAGCAGCGGGCAAGCGGGUGGGGGUGCUGGCAGAAGGGACAAACACCGUACCAGAAACUGGGAAGUUCAGUCCAAGCUCUUUGACAUUCGUAUAUCCAUUUGGCGCCACCCUCAACGUACAAAAACCGGCAAUACCAAUCUUAUCGUCCGGUACCGUAUCGUACCCGCUCAACCGGCCCGUGGGUGCGGCCUACGUAAAUCCCAAUGGGUCCGGAAAACUGGUGGUCGUGGCGUCCACGCAGAUGUUCUCCGACACGUACAUCGACAAGGAGGAAAACGGGAAACUGCUCGAUGUCCUGAUACAAUUCUGCACAUCAGAUAAGAUUGUCCUCAAUAGUAUAGACGCCAACGAACCCGACAUCUCCGACUACCACUACCUCCCCGACACCGCCGAACUAUCAACAACGCUACGGUCCUGCCUGCAGGAAAGCGAAGAGCUGCCAAAAGAUUUCACGGCGUUAUUCGAUAUGCAGCUGUUUCAGUUUGACGCCAAACUCGUGCCUGCGGCUGUGGAGAUGUAUGAGCAGCUGGGGUUGAAGAAGGAGCCGUUGACGUUGAUACAGCCUCAGUUCGAAACCCCCCUCCUCCCCCUCACCCCCGCCACCUUCCCGCCCAUGCUCGUCGACCUCCCCGCACCCUCUUUGGACCUCUUCGACCUCGACGACGCCUUUGCAAGCGACCGCGUGCGUCUCGCGCAGCUGACCAACAAGUGCACCGACGAGGAUCUGGAGUACUAUGUGCGGGAGUGCGGGGCGAUAUUGGGGGUGAAUGAGCGGUUGGAGGCGGACAAAAGGGAUGCGAAGCAUGUGUUGGAGUUUGUCUUUAGGAGUGUGGUUGGGUGGAAGAAGUUGAAUCAGGAGUAG